CCGUUUUUAUCAACUGGAGUUCUCAAAUUUCUGCCGCGUGCCGGCCAACCACAAGUUUCUGAAGCGCGACCUCGCCGUCGUCGAGGCUGUCUCCCCUCGACCACCACAGCCGCCACAACCAACCAAUGUCGUGAAAGUCGAUCCUUCCUCCGGUUUGUAAGGUCGAUUGAGCAGAGAACAGCCACACCUCCGAAUCACACAAAGUCAGUCCAUCAAUGGCGCCCCGGCUGCCGGCCCGCUGCUGGCGGCAGCUGCUCCGGCCAUCCUCCACCAGCCCGACAACGCAUACCCUCCCGCGCGCCGCCUUACCAUCCACCACAACGAACGCCUCCCUCCUCCCCUACACGCAAUCCCGCACCGUCAAGUCAGGCUGGUCGACGCUGCCGACCCGCGGCGCCAAGCCGCACCGCUUCAACCAGGUGACCUCGGGGCUCCCCACGCCGACAACGGGCCCGGCCGCGGCGCUGAAGCGGAAAGAACGCACGACGCCCGUCCGCGCGGGCGUGCUGGCGGUCAAGAAGGGCAUGACCGUCUUCAUGGGCCGCACGGGCGCGCGCAUCCCCUGCACGGUGCUGCAGCUGGACCGGGUGCAGACGGUGCUGAACAAGACCAAGCACAAGCACGGCUACUGGGCCGUGCAGGUCGGCAUGGGCGAGCGCAACCCGGGCAACGUGACGGCGCCUCUGCUGGGGUACUUCGAGGCCAAGGGCAUCGCGCCCAAGGAGGUGCUGGCCGAGUUCCGCGUACGCGACGAGCGCGGGCUGCUGCCGGUGGGUGUGCAGCUCAUGCCCGACUGGUUCCAUGUCGGCCAGCGAGUCGAUGUGCGGAGCAACUCGAGGGGAAUGGGGUUUGCCGGCGGUAUGAAGAGGCACGGCUUCUCGGGCCAGGAGGCGAGUCACGGUAAUUCGUUGAACCACCGCACGAUUGGGUCGGCGGGCCCCUCGCAGGGCAGUGGGUCGAGAGUGCUGCCCGGGAAGAAGAUGCCUGGUCGAAUGGGCAACCAGCGGGUGACGAUUCAGAACUUGCCGGUGCUGAUGGUGGAUAAUGAGCUGGGAAUCGUGGUGGUGAAGGGGUGCGUGGCGGGGCCGAAGGGGGCGGUGGUCAAGAUCCAGGAUGCGUGCAAGAAGCCGCCGCCGAGCGACGAUUUCAUCGAGAAGACGAAGAAGUUGCUGGAGGAGCGGUUCCCGGAGGCCGAGGCGCAUCUGCAGGCGGCGCGGGAGCGGCAUUUGGAGCUGAAGCAGGCGAGACGGGAGAAGAGGAUAGAGGAGCUCAUGGUCGGGGGCAUGAAGCCGGGCUCCGAAGAUGAGAUGGAUGCUAUUGAGCAAAUCAUUGCGGCCGAUGCGAUGAAUGAGGCCACAGAGCAUGCGCCGGCCCAGUUCUGAUUACAAAGUCGUUGCGUGGGCGUUCUAUUUUGGGUCAUGGCUUGUAUCAUACAACAUACAGUAAAUGUACAGUACCUAACGGAUAGGAGUCCCGGGCUGAUCUGGACCCCCGCACCGCUUUACUUUUCAUCAUCCGGCCCAUCCAUCCAACCUCGGGAAAACAGCGCACAUUACAGCACCUACUUCUUCAUCUGCUGCCUGAACCCCCUCGUCGCUGCCGCCCC